CUCCCACACCUGUCGGCGCAACUAACCGCUCUUGUGCAGAGCCGCGCGCCGGCAGCCAGCAGUGAGGAAGCUUUUCUCCACCAUGGCGGAGUCCCAGCUGGUGUGCAUGGACAACGAGCACGUCAACGAGAAGGUGCCGGAGUCCAGGCCGGAGUUCUACUACAGCGAGGAGCAGCGCGCUGCUCUGGAGCAGCUGCUGAGGAACGGCGACGCAGCCUUCCAGAUGCGCCUCAAGGAGGACAACAUCAAGGAUUUCCUCUGCGCCAGGGAGGUCAAAGUCAUCCGGGAGAGCUUCCAGGAGUACGACGCGGACAGCGACUCGGAGUCCGGCGCGCCGGAGAAGCCCAAAGAGGCCUCCAGCGCGGACUCCGGGGUCCACUCCACCUACUGGCCGCAGAUGUCCGACACCGAGGUGCCGUCCCUGGACAUCGGCUGGCCGGCCUGCAGCGGCGUGUACAAGGGGGUGACCCGGGUCCAGGCGUACAGCCACCCGCCCAAGGAGCCCGGCCCGCACAUCAAGGAGGUGGUGAGGAGGCUCAUCCAGGGCGCACACAAGGUGGUGGCCAUCGCUAUGGACCUCCUGACCGACCUGCUGAUCCUCCAGGACCUCCUGGACGCCUCGUCACGCCGAGGCGUGGCGGUUUACGUUGUGCUGGAGGCCACAGGAGUUCCCCACUUCCUGGAAAUGUGCUCCCGGCUGCAGAUCAACGCGAUGCAUCUGCGGAACCUGCGUGUGCGUAUGGUGAGAGGCGCGGGGCUGGCCCUGUCCUUUGGAAAGCUGCCCGGCGCCCUGAGCUCCAAAUACAUGCUGGUUGACGGGGAGAAAGUGAUGUUUGGCUCCUACAGCUUCAGUUGGAGCUCGUCUCGGCUGGACAGGAGCACCAUCACGGUGAUGUCCGGCCAAAUCGUGGACUUCUUCGACGGUGACUUCCGGGAGCUGUACGCGGCGUCGGAGCAGGUGGACCUCUACAAGGAGUUCGGCAUCACCAAGCCUCCCUUCCCUACGCCCGUCCUGAAGCCGAAGGUGGAGCACGUGCGGCCUCUGCCCGUCUCCAUGUCUCGCUUUCAGGUGUCGGUCGGGGAUUCGAGACAAACGGACCUAAAGGUGCCGGCACAUAAGUACCACAAUCCCAAGUACUCCCUGGUGUUUGGGAACGGUUUGGGCCGGACCGGCUCCUUGCAGGACCUGUCGACUCAGAAAGACUCGCUGGUCGGUGGGCUGAAUCAGAGAAACGGCUCCCCUCACAAGGCCGACCGGGUCUCGUCUCCAAGUCCGUCCUCCACCACAGAGGAAGAGGAUAAGGAAGGAAAGGGGAGUCUGAAGAAGAACGAGGGGAGCGGCGUGAAGAAGCCACGCAGCUCCUUCAGGAACUUCUUGAAAGGCCGAGGAGCCAACCAGACGUCAGAGACGAUAGAGGAAGGCGUGGUCACUCCUCAGAGCCCCGCCCCCAUCUGCAAGGUGCCGGAGACUAACGGCGUCACGGGGAGCGAGCUGGAGGAUUCGUCUGAAGUCCACGAGAAGCUCGGAGCGCUGAGAGUGAAGAUCAGGAAGCCGACGAAGCACAUGGAGAGGAGCGUGUCUCUGCAGACCAUCAACACCGGAGACGAAGACGGAUUAAAAAGCCGCCGGCGGCAUCAGAAGAAGAACUGCAUCCAGUCUUGAGACGAAAAGCAGCGUCGCGUGAAGACUGACUCUCCCCGAUGUCGCGGCACCGACUGACUGUAAGCAGGUGAAGCCGCGCCGGCAGCAGCGAACUGAAGGUCUGAUAGAAACGCUGGAGACGCUUUGUAGCCAUAAAAUGCUGUCAGAGGCGGAUUUAACUGCCAGCUUUACAGUUUUUCUACAUUUUGUAUUAAAUUAUUCCACUGUUCAACGUUUUUUCUGUGCGUUUCACUCGAGCCUGAGCGUCACAUGGUGUCUUACAUCACACCUGGUUGCCAUGGGAACUGGAAAGGUGAUCAGGUGUGACGCCGCCCUCGUCCCGUCUAGCUCUGGACUCUCGGUAACGAGGCCAGCGUGUUGUUCACUCUGCGAAUGAUACACCAGAGCCUGUGUAGACGCAGUUGGAGUCCAAAAGAAUUUAAAUAAAGAUGUGAAUCCUCAACAACCGGCACUUUGUUACCGAACUUAAAUAAAAGACAAAAGCGUCAGCAAAAAAAAAAAAAAAAAGACUCUUUGAUUAAAAGCGUCAUAUAAAGACUGACUCGCAGCAGAUAACAAGACGCUCAGCAAACCUUCAUCUUUCUCCAUGUUUGGGACAAAGAUCCAGGAGUCAAGGAAUGAAUGACAGAUCUGUUUUAAACAUAGAAGGUGCAAAAGUAUUUCUCCCCUUUAAAAGGUUUACCUGUUUUUUUACUUAUAAAUGUUUCUGGUCAUAAUACAAAUAAAAUGAUGGUUUCUUUUAUCAUGGGAAAAAGAUCUAUAGAAACUAACCUGUCUCUAUGCAGAAAGGUGACCCCCCCCCAGCCUGUAGUUAAAUGGGGAUUAAUCUGAGCUGAGAACGAACAGAACCAAAGUCCAGACCUGAACCUGGAUGGCACGACGUGUCGGGACCUUAAGGGAGCCGAGUAAAGACUGAAGGCCAAAGAUCCGAAGCCAAGCAUUAAAAAAAAAAGAAGAGUUUGCUAAAAUCUCUCCACAACACUGUGAAAGACUGAUAAAAACACGAUUACUGACAGUUUUUGCUGCUAACUGUGGUUCUGACCUAUCAUUACACCCAGUUUGUCAUUUUGCUUUAAUGAUUUGUUAAAUAAAUAUGACAUGAAUUAAAGUUUGGUUAACCUAAUUUCAAGACCUGA